AUUUAGUUAGGCAGCAGUACGGUCACACUGGCGGAACUAACUAAAAAAAAGUGUGAAAAUUUGUCAAAUAUUUCGACAAGUACAACGAUCUAAUCGAUUCGGGAGCAGAAUUCAGCCCCCGCAGCAAAGCGCCCGCGUGUACCACCUGAUCCGAGGAUGCAGAGAUCCACAGACCGGUUGCGCCGGCUGAAAAAGCUGAAGAGCGUUACGGGAGCGCAGGAUGGCGUUGGUGGCGGCGAUGCGGCGGCGACGGCGGAUAAUCGGACCUCCGCAUCGUCGGACACGAACGGAGCAGCCGCCAGUAGCGGAGCCGGCGGCAAUCAGCCAGGCACACUCAAUCCGGAGGUCUUCAAGCACUUGGACAAAUCCGGACGCAGUGAAUUCCUGAAGUACCUCAAGCAUCAGUUGCAGGAUGCGGCGGAUACGCCCGUUUACGACAAGAACGGCGUCUUUAAGCAGGGCAUCUCCAAUGCCAUAUACCAGCUUCUUUGGCAGACUCUGCGCUUCACUCACAAAAAAGACAUAGUACUCCACCUGCUCCUGGAAGUCGUGGCCCUCCAUGCGGACUUUCCCAGCCUUAUAGUGGACGUGGUUAACAUUCUGGACAGCGAAACCUCCCUUAUAACCGAUGGACUUCAGGAAGAACGACAUGCCUUUGUGCAACUUGUUAAAGACUUGGACAGGGUGAUUCCAGAAAGUCUUUUGAAAGAACGUUUGGAAAUCGAUACGUUGCAGGAGGCGGGAAUCGUCAAGAACAAGAGCUUUUACUCUAAGUUCAUCAAGGUCAAAACCAAGCUAUACUACAAGCAGCGUCGGUUUAACCUUUUCCGCGAGGAGAGUGAAGGGUUUGCCAAGCUUAUCACAGAGCUAAACCAGGAGUUCGACGAGAACACCACUCCAGAGAGCAUAAUGGAUAUCAUAAAAUCCCUUAUAGGCUGCUUCAAUCUGGAUCCUAAUCGUGUGCUGGACAUUAUUAUCGAGUCCUUUGAAACUCGUCCGGAUCGAUGGAACUUGUUCAUACCCCUGCUGCGCAGCUACAUGCCCACUGGUGCCAUUAUUUGCGAAGUCCUCGGCUACAAGUUCUGCCACUUUAAGGACUCCCGCACUCCCCGCUCGUUAUAUCAUGUAUGUGCUCUUUUGCUUAAGCAUGGCGUCAUUGCUCUGAACGAUGUAUACGUGUGGUUGACUCCAAACGAUGGGAGCAUUAAGGCGGACUGGGAGGAAGACCUGGCUGAUGCCAGGGAAAUGGUCCGCAAGCUGAACCUUAUACAAACCAAUAAGAAGGAAGACGAAAAGGAUCCACCACCGCCGCCUUCAGUUAAGAAGUUCAAUGAGGAAAAAUACAAUGCAAACCAAAAAUUUGGCCUCUGCGAAGCUUUGCUUAAAGUUGGCGACUGGGAGAAUGCGUACAAGAUCAUCCAGAAGCUUCCCGAGCAGGCGGUUGUAUUGCAGGAACCCAUUGCCCGUGCCAUUGCCGAUCUGAUUCACCUGUCCGUGGAGAAUAUUUAUUACAAAAAGUGUUUUAAGGCUCCCGCAGGACGUAGGCCGAGCCGCAAUCGCCUGUAUGAGGAUUCCAAGUUGGUGGCCAAGAUGCAGGCAAAGGAAUUCGGCGACUUAAGGAAGUACACCUGGCCGAUGGCUAACGUGUUGGGACCUGCCAUGCACUACGACACUGUGCUGAUGUACAAACUAAUCCGUAUUAUGCGGAAACUAGUUGUCGAUAUGGGCGUGGACAGCCUAAAUGGACCUCCGCCGAAUUCGGAAGCAGAGCAGCACUACUAUGACAUUAUGAGCUCGCUGGACGCCUGCAUUCUACCCUCCCUUCUAUACUUGGACAACAACUGUUCCAUGUCCGAAGAGAUCUGGGCUGUGCUUAAAUAUUUCCCGUAUCAUUUUCGCUACAGUUUGUAUGCGCGUUGGAAGAACGACAGCUAUCAGCUGCAUCCCAAUUUGAUCAGGAGAUGUGGAUUGGCACAACGGGAUAUUAAGGCCCUAAUGAAGCGCGUGAGCAAGGAGAACGUCAAGCAGCUGGGACGACUGGUAGGAAAGUAUAGCCAUUGUGCGCCAGGACUGCUUUUCGACUAUAUUCUCUUGCAAAUUCAAAUCUAUGAUAAUCUAAUUGGUCCGGUCUGCGACCUGCUCAAGUAUCUUACUGCCUUAUCCUUUGACUGUUUGGGAUACUGCAUCAUCGAGUCGUUGACGUUAACAGGUCGUCUCAGGUUCAAGGAUGACGGCACUUCGUUAUCCUUGUGGCUGCAAAGUCUUGCCUCCUUCUGCGGCACCAUAUACAAGAAGUACAGCAUUGAGCUAAGUGGUCUGCUUCAGUAUGUGGCCAAUCAGUUAAAGUCGCAGAAGAGCCUGGACUUACUGAUUCUGAGGGAGAUCGUGCAUAAGAUGGCAGGCGUGGAGUCCUGCGAGGAGAUGACUAAUGAUCAGUUGCAAGCCAUGUGUGGUGGUGAGCAGCUCAGGGGAGAGGCUGGCUACUUUAGUCAAGUGAGGAAUACGAAAAAGUCCUCUAAUCGCCUAAAGGAGGCAUUGGCCAAUAACGAUCUUGCCGUGGCUAUUUGCCUUUUGAUGGCUCAACAGAAACACUGCGUCAUUUAUCGUGAGACGGCGGCACACAGCCAUUUGAAGUUAGUGGGAAAUCUGUAUGAUCAGUGCCAAGACACACUCGUCCAGUUUGGUACGUUCCUAGGCUCCACCUAUUCUGUGGAUGAGUAUGUGGAGCGGUUGCCCUCGAUUAUAACCAUGCUUCGAGAGUACCACAUAAACACGGAUGUGGCCUUCUUCUUGGCUAGGCCCAUGUUUACUCAUCAGAUCAAUCAAAAAUAUGAUCAAUUGCGCAAGGAUGACCCUAACGCCAAGAAGCUCACCACGACGCAAAAGCUCCAGAAGUAUUUGGAAGCUACGCAGCUGAUCAUGAACCCUAUUGUAGAGUCUGUUCGUCCACUGCACAGCUCCAAGGUGUGGGAGGACAUUAGUCCGCAGUUCCUGGUAACUUUUUGGAGUCUGAGCAUGUACGAUCUGCACGUGCCGAACGAAAGCUAUCAGAGGGAGGUUGCCAAGCUAAAGCAGCUGGCCCAGCAAGCGGCAGAAGGCAAAGACUCUAACCAAUCUAAGAACAAGAAGGAGCAGGAGCGCUACAUUGCGCUAAUGGAGAAGCUGAACGACGAGCGAAAGAAGCAGCAUGAGCACGUUGACAAGAUCUCGCAGCGUUUGCAGGAGCAAAAAGAUAGUUGGUUCCUUCUACGAUCUGGCAAGUCCGCAAAGAACGACACCAUCACGCAAUUCCUGCAGCUCUGUCUCUUCCCGCGUUGCACCUUCACAGCUCUGGAUGCGUUGUAUUGCGCGAAGUUCGUGCACACCAUCCACAAUCUCAAGACAUCGAACUUCUCAACCUUGCUGUGCUAUGAUAGGAUCUUUUGUGACAUCACUUAUUCGGUAACAUCGUGCACUGAGGGCGAGGCUACGCGGUACGGACGCUUUUUGUGCGCCAUGCUCGAGACCGUGAUGCGUUGGCAUGCGGAUCAGGCGGUGUUUAAUAAGGAGUGCGCCAAUUAUCCUGGUUUUGUGACAAAGUUUCGUGUUAGCAAUCAGUUCUCAGAGGCCAACGAUCAUGUUGGCUACGAAAACUAUCGGCAUGUGUGUCACAAGUGGCACUACAAGAUUACCAAGGCGAUUGUAUUCUGUCUGGACUCGAAGGACUUUAUGCAGAUCAGAAACGCACUGAUCAUCCUAAUGCGAAUACUGCCUCACUAUCCAGUUCUUUCCAAACUGGCGCAAAUCAUCGAGCGUAAGGUGGACAAGGUGCGCGAGGAGGAGAAGACAAAGCGACCGGAUCUGUAUGCCAUUGCCUCCAGCUACAUUGGACAACUAAAGCUGAAGACUCCCCACAUGCUAAAGGAGAGUGUCUUUCAUCAAAUCGCCGAGCGGCCGAAUAAGGAGUCGCCGACCAGUGUUGGCGCUCCCGCCGCAGCCACCAGAUCCGAUAAGUUGUCACCCACCUCUCCAUCUGGGAAUACACAAGGAACAAGGGCUCCAGGCGGAGCUGCUCCUUUCUACAACAGCGAACAAAAGUCGGUGAUCAAAGAACCAGAUGCAAAAGCAGCCUCCACAACGCGUGAAUCGAAGAGCCAAAGAGGCGAGGGCAAUAAUGUCACUUUGGUGUCCACAGCCACUUCAACGGCAUCCAAUAACGAACGCGAGAGCAAACAACGUGACCUGCCAGCGCCACGUGAGUCCCAAUCCCGCAGCAAGGAUGACCAGCAGGAGCAGGCAAACAACGGCAGUAAUGGCAGCCGACAGAGCGAGAGUCGUAAUAGAGAUGUGGAACGAGACCGACAUGAUCAGCAAGACCAACGAAGCAUUAGUAGCCAUCGCAGUUCCAGAGACAUUGUGCGGGUCAAGGAGCGCACAGAAGCCGAGCUGCAUCAGAGGUCGCGGGAACGUUCUCAACGUCUGGAGGAGUUGGAAGCGCAGCAGCGGAAGCGGGAAAAAACAUCGCGACGGGGCGGCGAAGAGCGCAUCCGACAUGGUGAUGGCGUCGAGACAGUGGACCUGGUGGGCAGCACCGACAAUCGCCACUACGAGGAGUUCGAGGGGCGUAUGAGGGACCUGAGCUCAGUGUCCAACGAGAGCAACGGUUCGUUGCACCAUCGACAACGUAGCCAUGAGACCAUUGAAUUUGAAAAGGUAGAUUCAAAGCGUCGCAAAUUGGAGUCAUCAACCAGCAGUUCAAAGAAGGUGGAAGAACUGGUGGACAGCGUAAAGAAGGCGCGCGCCCUUAAGACCAAAGAGCGCAACAAGGACAAACUGUCGGAUGAGGAGCGAGACGCUCGCAAGGAUCGCAAGCUGGGACGCAAGCGGGAUCGCGUCGACGAGUCCAACAGCAACGAACAUAAACGCCGGCGCGAAGGACAAAACGGUGAAGAAGAGCUGCGGGAUAGAGAGCGGCAUAGGGAGAAGUCACCGCGGGAGCGAUCACAUGAAAAGUUCGAUAGAGAAAGAGGAGGAGCCAGCGGUUCGCGGGCCGAGGAGCGGCAGUACAUCAGCAAGUCCGCUCGGUCCUCCAGAGUCAACUAUUGAUUGCACUCCGGGCUUUUGCUUGCCCGUUCCGUGCAUUGUGAAGCGCAUUUUGUUUAACUUUUAAAGAAUUUGGAAUGGCCUUUCCAUCCAUUGUAGCAAAGAACGAAACUACUUUUGAAAUGUUUACAAGUUUUAGUGACUAUUUUAAAACAGAGAUCCAAACAAUUACAUUGUAAAAAUGACUACAUUUUUGUGUUGUUUACUAAACGGGAACUGUAAUAGCCAUAAUAUUUGUAUAAAAAGUUCAUUCCCCAAAUAGAUGUUCAGAUUGUCUUUAAAACAAAUAAUAAAUUGUUCAUUUGCAAUGAGAUUAAGAUGU